AUGAAAUCGUUUUCAGAGACGUCUCCUACUACACGCAAGAAGCUGAUAGCGCUUGUGGCAGCGUUCUUUGCUAGUCUGGCAUGCGGUACUAAUUAUGUGUACUCGACGUAUUCGACUCAAUUGGCCGAUCGAAUCGGUAUGACGGCGACCCAGUCGUCGAUUCUCGGUAUGGCUGGCCAGAUUGGCUUGUCGUUAUUUGGGCCUGUUACGGGUCUUAUAAUUGAUAGGUAUCCUCCUAUGUUUCCUAUUGUAAUGGGCGGGAUCUUUAUUUCUACUGGUUAUCGCACCAUGUAUACUUCAUAUGUCGAUGCCAAUGACAAUUUCACUCUGUUGGUCCUCGCUUAUGGAUUAGCUGGUCUUGGAAAUACUCUUGUUUUUAACACCUCGGUGCGGACCAGUGCUAUUAAUUGGCCAAAUAGAAGAGGUACUGCCACUUCUUUGCCAAUGUCAGCGUUUGGUUUGUCUGCAUUAUUCUUUUCCAGUGUAGCGGGAAUCAUUUUUCCGGGUGACACCCAGGGAUUCUUGGAACUUCUUAGUAUGCUAACUGGAGGGCUUGUUCUUCUUUGUUUCCCGUUUAUUCGUGUGCAUAGAAAGAGAAAACCUCCUGCUGCUGCUACUGUUUCAAGAGGUCGUCAUGGAUAUACAGAGAUUGGAGAUGGUCAUGGUAGUACGGGCCAUGGUGGUGAGGAUGAUGGUCCUUCGCAUUUUAGUAUAGCACAGCCGUCUUCUCCUAUUCAAUCUGAUGAGGAUGACGACGAGUUUGACGAUGGUUAUGUUGAUGAGAGCAUUAUUGAAGGUGAUGAAGAGAGCCAGGGUCGAGAGUUACAAGAAGAGUAUCGUCAUAGCUCUGAAUCGACUGUUGGUAAAGACGGUGUAUUAACCAGUACUAACCAGUCUACUUCUUUACUAAGUGAUGACUCGCUGUCUGGAAAUAGCACUGAUUAUGCUUCCCACAGGAAUAGCGAUGUCGAUGGUGCUGGUACUACUACUGCUAGCGAUGCUGGCACCAAAAAUGGUGCUGCGAGCUCGUCUGCUGGUAGCACUACUGCUCAUGUUCACGGUCAUUAUCAUACCCAUGAACAACCUGGACGCAUUCCUGGCUCACCAGCUAUCCCACCGCAUGUUUUCAGCUCGGAUCUGCGACCAACCACGUCUCCUUUCAACCGGUCUUCGUCACCGAAUUUCGGCAGCCGGUUACGUCCUACCAACUCAUCUCAAACUGCAUUUAGUACCAAUAUCUUUCCAACUGUAUCUUCUACUUCUCGCAUUCACCAUCAUGGCCAUGGCAAACAUCCUCACCAGGACGUGGGUAUCAAACUACUGUUCCGACGGGAUUUCUGGGAGUACUUUUUCCUUCUCGGAUUUGUGUCAGGAGUGGGCCAAAUGUACAUUUACUCAUGUGGCUACUGUGUACGAGCUCUAGUCCAUUACAGCAAUCCUGAAUUUUCUCCUGGAAAAGUCCAGUCUUUGCAAGCGUUACAAGUUGCACUCAUCUCGUCCAUGAACUUUUUGGGUCGUAUUACUUCUGGAUCCGCUUCUGACUGGUUAGUACACAAACUGAAUGUCCAACGAUUGUGGGUGCUAGUGGUCGCACUCACUAUCGGAUUGUUUGGCCAUAUUCUUGCCAUUUACCUGACCAACCCCAUGCUGAUGUGGAUCGUGUCGCUCUCAAUUGGCCUGUCAUACGGUCUCGUGUUCGGCGUGUAUCCAUCUAUUGUCAGCGAGUCGUUUGGUCUCAAGCAUUUCUCACAAAAUUGGGGCUACGUGGCCAGCUCGCCUGUCUUCUCCUCCUACUUCCUGAACCUCAUGUUUGGCAAGAUCUUCGACGCCAACAGCUCAACUAAAGUAGAAGGCAGUGCGGCCCACAUUUGUCUCAAAGGACCCGGCUGCUAUUCACUCGCCUUUACCAUCACCUCAUGUGUGUCGGUCGUCGGCAUCGCUCUUGCAUUGUUCAUGAUUUACACCCGAAAGGACUCCAAACCCCACGAACUCGGUGAGGAGGAGCACUUCUAA